AUGAAUUAGUACGACUAUUUAUUUAAGUUCAUCAUUAUCGGAAAUACAAGUGUUGGGAAAUCUUGCAUUCUUUCUUAGUUUACUGAAAACAGAUUUAAAAGAGAACACGAUGCGACUAUAGGAGUUGAAUUUGGUUCAAAAAAUAUAGAGGUUGAUGGAUACACUAUUAAAAUAUAAAUAUGGGAUACAGCAGGAUAGGAAUCAUUUAGAAGUAUCACAAGAUCCUACUACAGAGGAUCUGUUGGCGCUUUACUAGUUUAUGAUGUGACAAAAGAAGAUAGCUUCUAAGAUUUAAACAAAUGGAUCAGUGAUGUCUCUGAAAACGCUAAUAAAGAUUUAUCAGUAGCUGUUUUAGGCAACAAAAUUGAUUUAGAUAAUCGUGAAGUAAAAGCAAAAGAUGGUGAAGCAUUUGCAUCAGAAAGAAAUUUUCUUUUCUUUGAAACAUCAGCUUUAAAUGGAGAUAAUAUUGGUGAGGCUUUUUAUGCAUUAGCUAAACAUGUAUUAGAUAGAAUUAUAGAAAAGCAAAUAGAUUUAACAGAUCAAGUAAUAAUAAUAGAUAAAUAAAAAAAUAUAGUUUUAAUUUUAAUAAUAAUAAUAAUAAUAAUAAUAGAGCAGUGGAGUAAAAGUAGGAGCUAAAAGGGGAAAGCAAAAGAAUUUUAUAUAGAAUUAAGUAUAAAAUACAGCUAUAGAAAGCUAAAAAUAGAAUAUAGAAUUAGAUCAAAGCAGCGAAUCUAUCUCUAUAUCCAAAAAAGGAUAAAAUUGCAGUUGUUGAAAAAUUAAAAUCAUUUCUAAACAAUAAAAUUUAAAAAAUUAGCUUUUGUUAUGUCAUAUAUAGAUAGAUACUGCUAAAGCGAAAGUAACAAAUAAGUUCUAAUUUUAAAUACAAGUUCUUUCUAAAUUUAAAAUAAAAUGUAAUAAUAAAUUAACACAAGGCAAUUCAUUAAAUUAUUUCUGUAUUAAAAUAAAUUGUCUCUUUAUGUAAUAUAUAAAGUUUUAUAUCUCUUUUAAAAAAAUUACUAUUUAUAAUUGUUCAAAUUAUAUUCAAAUUCUUCAAACAUAAGAAUUCAACAGAAAUAAAAAUAAAAAAUAUAUGUGAAAAUCUAAAAAUUAAUCAAGAUGCUUAUUCAAAUUUUAGAAAUUAUAUUGCCAUUUCUCAUAAAUGAAAGCUUCAAUAUAAUUAACAUUCAAAAGCAUUUUAUUAAAAAAAAACUAUUUAUUUAUUUAUACAAAUUUAUCAAUAAAAUACUUAAUUUGUAAGAAUCUAAGGUAUAGUAUGGUUACAAAAUAGUAAAAUAAAAUUGUUAAUAUUUUUUUGAAAUAUUUAUUCAAAAAAUAAAUUAUUAAAGUGUUAAAAAAAAUUAUUUAGAUAUAGCUUCAAAAUUAACUUUUUCAAAAAUCAAACAUCAAGAUUAAAAAAUCAUAAUAUUAAAAUAAAAAGAUAAAUUAAUUUAGAUUUUGCUAAGAAUUGUUAAAUAGUUUUUGAAAAAUUUUCUUUGCCUUUUAAGUAAUAAAUAAAUAAAUUAAUUACUUAUAUAAUUAGUUUAAUUAUUACACAUACUUGAAAAUAAAUACAAAUAAUUAAAAUGA